UUUUUGCAAAACAACUCCAAGCUGCUCUGCUGUCACUCACUCGGCGCCUGCUCUGCCCUGUUCUAUAUUUGCAUAGUCAAACGUAAACCAACCCCCACCCCUCUCUCUCCCCUCGUAAACUUUCUCCUGCUACUUGCUCUCCUUGGAGGGGAGCAGGAGGGAGCGGAAAGGAGUAAAAGGAGAAGUCCGGACUAAGCUACCUGCUGCAGGAGUCCAAGGGAACCGAAGAGCGGCCGGGCAACCUAAAUCCAAGCGCGGAAGGACGAGCUCACCUCAGCAGUAGUCCAGACGGGUGGCAAAGACGCCGCCGCCGCCGCCGUCAACCGGCCAAACCAAGGCAGCGCCAACUUCGCCCCUUGCGGGAAUCUGAUUUUCAUCUGUGCCAGAUAUUUGCUGGAGGGCUGAUGAUCAUUCAAAGAGUGGUAUUGCAUUCACGCCCUGGCAUCAAUGGAGUGCCAGUUGCAGAAAACUUCUGUAUGGAAGAAGCCACCCUCUCAGACAAAAUUGAUGAGGGUCAAGUUAAAGUCCGUACACUUUAUUUGUCUGUGGAUCCCUACAUGCGGUGUCGUAUGAAUGAAGAUUCUGGAUCUGACUACAUCCAGGCUUGGAAAUUGUCUGAAGUUACUGAUGGAGGUGGAAUUGGUUGUGUGGAAGAAAGCAAAGAUGUACGUUUUGCUCCAGGAGAGUUUGUGACGUCCUUUACCUGGCCCUGGCAGACCAAAGCCAUUUUAGAUGGAAAGCAACUGAACAAGAUUGAUCCACACCUUGUAGAUGGACACCUUUCCUAUUUCCUGGGUGCAGCUGGCUUGACUGGGCUGACAACUUUGCUGGGAAUCAGAGAGAAAGGACAUAUAUCUCCAGGUUCUAAUCAAACCUUGGUUGUCAGUGGAGCUGCUGGUGCUUGUGGCUCUCUGGCUGGGCAGAUAGGUCUCCUGGAGGGCUGUUCUAAAGUAGUUGGCAUUUGUGGCACAGAUGAAAAAUGCAAUGUUUUGGUCUCUGAAAUGGGUUUUGAUGCUGCAAUCAACUAUAAGAAAGAGAAUGUGGCACAGCAGCUGCACAAAUAUUGCCCAGAUGGAGUGGACGUCUAUUUUGACAAUGUUGGUGGAGACAUCAGUGAUACAGUAAUAAGACAAAUGAAUUCAAAUAGCCAUAUUAUUUUAUGUGGUCAGAUCUCCCAAUAUAACAAGGACAUGCAGUACCCACCUCCUUUACCUCCAGAGGUAGAAGAAAUGAGGAAAUCGCGGGACAUUACUAGAGAAAGAUUCCUGGUUUUGAACUACAUGGAGAAAUAUUCAGCUAGUACUCUGCAGCUUUGUCAGUGGAUCAAAGAAGGAAAAUUGAAGGUCAAGGAGACAAUCGUGGAAGGCUUAGAAAAUACUGGAGCUGCUUUCGUGUCUAUGAUGAGUGGCGGUAACAUUGGAAAACAGAUAGUGCUUGUUUCCAAAUAAAAACCAUUUCUGAUCUACUUUGUGUCUACCAAGAAAAGAAAUAUUUGCAUAAGCCUGGAAUAAACUUGUCCUUUGUAUCUGUAUCCCAUUUUGGGGAUUAGUAAAAUCUUUUGAAUCCCUAAUUUUUUUCUAAGUUCUUUUGGGGUUUUACUUCCAUCUCUUCGAUAAUUUUUCCCCCAGUCAAAAUGUGUUUCUUGGCCUUUAGUAACAAAUGAUAAAAUAUUACUGUACUACUGCUAUAUAAAUAAAAUAUUUACAUAUAAUAUAAAACCAAGAUUAGUUUUAGCUGUUUGACCAAAUGUUUGCAAGCAAAUUAUGUCUAAUUUGACCAAUUUGUUAUUUGGCCUUUGUUAAUAUAUAGAAAACAAUUUCCUAACAACACUAUAGUAUUAUUUCUCAGUUUGAAGAUAAAUGUAAGCCAUAGUUGAAGCAGCUAGGAUUUCGUAACCAACUUCAAAACUUUAAAGUUUAAAAAAAAUAAACCAUGGCUUACUUCCUGAAAGUAAGCAAACCAAUUAAAACAUAUUAUAUACUGACUUAUGUUCUGGUAUUUAUAAACCAGGCUGUAAUCACUACUGAAAGUGAAACAAUGAGAAUCUUUUCUUGUAUACAAUGCAACUAUUAAAAUGUGUUUGUUAAUGUAA